AUGCCCACGCAGGACCAGAGCACUCGUCAGUCACGAGUUAUCCCUGGCGGGAGCCCGGCCUCGGCAGCGACUGCAGUGCCCGGUGCGCAGGAGCUGCCGGCGGGGGCGGUGGGCGGCGUGGCGCGCGCGUGCGACGCGCUGCAGGAGCUGCGCUGCGAGUGGGCGGCGCUCGUCACCGACGACGACGUGCGCCAGCUGGUGCGGCUGCGCGGCGCGCGCCUGCGCGUGCUGGUGCUGGGCGGCGAGGCGCUCUCUGACGACGCCUACCUGCAGCUAGUGCGCUGCCCCAGGCUGCAGGAGCUGGGCUUGGCGCCGUGCGGGGCGGCGAGCGACGACGCGCUGCUGCGCGGGGUGGCUGCGCUGGGCGAGCUGCGCGCCCUGCAGAUGACGGACGCCGCCGCGCUCUCCCCCGCGGGGCUGCGCGCGCUGCUGGCGCAGCUGGCGUCGGCGCCGCAUCUGCGCAGCGUCGCGCUCGCGUGGUGCCCGGCCGCCGACGACGCUGCGCUCGAGCUGCUCGCCGACAGGUGCCAGGCGCUGGAGCGCGUGUCGCUGCGCCAGCUGCCUGCCCUGGGGGACCGCGGGGUGGCUGCGCUGCUGCGCGCCUGCAAGCGCCUCACGCACCUCAGCCUCGUGUGGAACGACGCCAUCACAGGGCGCCACUUCCUGCCGCUGGUGGCGGAGCUGGCGCCGCGCUUGCGCCACCUGGACCUGGGCUACUGCGACAACAUCCCCCAGGAGGCCGUGGACGCCCUCGUGCGGCGGCGGCCCGCCCUCAAAGUGACGCGGCCCCAGGUGUGGUGCCGGCCGCGCAAGACAGCGCACGCGUGCUGCGAGCGGUGGACCUCCUCCUAGACACGCCCCCCCCCACAGGUCCCCGCUCCCACCCCGCGCCCCCUCCCCUGCUCGGAGAAAUGUGCCACGCCGCAGUCGGGCGAAUUCUAACGCGUGCAAUCUCUGUGGGUUAAACUCCGGUUUAUAGACAUUUCCACGUCUCGUCAAUGCAAUAGAAGUGUAUAAAUUGUGUUGUAUUAAUAAACGUAGUGUUCGUCUCAAUUGUUGACAGGAAAACGGGAAAGCAAAAGUUCAUACAAUACAAUGGGUUCCAGAGGGAGCUCUGAAAAUACCGUUCUCAGAAAUGUACUUCAUGCCUGCAAUCCGUGGGAGAACACACACCUCAAAUCAUUUUCUAAGAAGGUAAAUUUUACCACAAAGUUUCGAAAUUGAACCGAAAAAGUCUGGAGCGGGAUUUGUAGCACAUUUAAAUUAAUGGUUUCUCAACAACACAUACUUUCUCGUAUCAAUAUUACUAUUAUGUAAAUUCAUAAUACCACAAUUUUUGUUCCAAUUUACACACCUCACAUAUGUUUAAAACUCAUUCCCUAUCGUAGCGCAUUUGGCGCAAAAAAUAAUUUAUUUAAAGGUAACACAACACCACAAAUUCGUCAAUCCAUUCCAUACACCCAGAAACAUUAUUUAAUAAUAUGAAGUUAUUUUCAGAAUUCCAACCGUCCUGUCGCGGCGUUCCAUUGUUGUAUUUUAAUGUGAUAACUUCUUAGACUCUUGCUAAAGAAGUGCGGGAAAUUUGAAUUUGUAAAUUUGAAAAAUUAAAAUUACGCUAAGCUAUUUCUUGAAAGAAAUGUUUACUAUCUUUUUAAAACACUGCCUUUUUUAAUGAAAUUUGCUCUAAAAAGCAGUCAUCAUAUAUCUCCGUUAUAUUGUAUAGGGUGUCGUACGAAAUGAGUCACCAUUUGCUUCUUACAUGAGUCGCACUAGAUAUCCCGAUGAGCAUCUCAACAGCAGUAGCAGCAAAAUUGGAGAAUCAAAUGAGUUACGAAAUAUCGCGUAAUUGACGAUACCGCCGCUAAGAGACUAGUAUAUAUGACAAUGGCCAACAAAGUAAAACUGACGUCACAGCAGCGAUCGAAGGCUGUAUUUCUUUCAUGAAAAGAAAAGUUUUAUUGCGAUUCAACGGCGUUUUUGACAACGUUGCGUUUUUGACACUCGACGCCGUUUCGACAUGCGGAUUAUUUCGCGGAGGUUUCCAGGUCGUUUCAAUAACGGACAAUUUCGGCUCCAAACAGUUCUCAACCAAUGUGACUUUUUUUUUCGAUGUACCUUAAAAUCCCUAAAUGUUCACAGGAGUUACUGAACAGCACAGACGAUUUGUGUUGUAAGGUUAACGUUAAAGGCACGAAGUAAUGAAACCAAAUGGAGGACAUAUUGAGAAUGUGAUACAUUAGAAA